AUGGAGAGAGGUGUCCAAAACAAUCUGAACGAACGUAUUAAGCCUGGGGAACACUUGUUUUUUUAUCGCGGAAAGCCGCCUUCAAAAGUCCAGGGUUUGGCGUCUAGGGUAGUAGAUAUUGACGGCAAAACAAUCUUGCCAAGGAGAGGUGUUGUGUCGUCGGCUGCAAGGGAUCCGGGUAAGUUUAACAUCAUUGAUGAACUGUCCAAAAUUACUGUUCCAGUUGAUGUGAAUGUGAAUGUUCCGGUUCAGCCACCGGAAUUUGAGACUGUGGGUUUAAGUUACGAGGCUAGGGAUAAUCGUGUUCAACAGCCGGGUGAAGGCUCUUCCUCCAAACCGAUGUCAUAUGCUGAUACAGUUGUUGCUAAUGAUUUGAAAAAAAGUGAUCGUAUUGCGUUCCCUGUAGUUGAUUAUUAUGUUCGAACCCAUUGGAAGAAGUAUGGAUUAUUAAAAACUAUGAUGAACGCGAAUGGAUUCUUCUUUUUUAAGUUUAAUGAUGAAGUUGGAUUGUCGAAUGCUCUGAAAGACGGGCCUUGGAUCAUUAGGUCACAGCCAUUAUUUCUGGAUGUUUGGACUCCAACAACUAAGCUAGAAAAGAAGGAGGUUAAAAAGGUUCAGGUGUGGGUCAAAAUUCAUGAAGUUCCUCUAGCGGCCUAUACGGAGGAUGGUCUUAGCUUGAUUGCAACUACUAUUGGGGAACCGAAACUGCUUGAUUCUUUUACGACGUCUAUGUGUAUUGAUGCUUGGGGGCGAAGUAGCUAUGCUAGAGCGUUGAUUGAGAUCUCGGCUGAGAAUGAAUUACGAGAGGAAAUUACAAUGGCUAUUCCGGAACCGGAUGGAGAGGGUUUUAGUAAAGAGACUAUGUAUGUUGAGUAUGAGUGGAGUCCGCAUCGGUGUGCUAGCUGCUGUGUCUUCGGUCAUUCGACUGAUAUGUGCCCGAAACAUCAAAAAAAACAACCUAAGGUGGUGUAUGAGAAUCAUAAUCGCAAUGGUCAAAAGAUUUAUCCUGCUAAGAAGGCUCCUAUUGUGGAUCAAGACGGAUACACUGGAGUGUAUGGUAAGAAAGCGGCUAGGAAAGUUGGUAUUCCUGUUAAUAAACAAAAGUCUAAAUUUGAAUAUCGACCUGUCGGUUCUAAACCUAAAGGUGAUGUUAGUAAGGAAUCGGUUCGUAUUGAUAGUAGAUCGAACAACCCGUUUGAUGUGCUUAAUGACGUGGAGGACGAGUCGGGUUCUAGUAAGAAGAAAACGGAUUUGAAUAAUGAGGAUUCUGAUGAUGAUGAGGUUAUUGAGGUGGAAACUGAAAUGGAUGGGUUUAUGACGGAGGGUACUCGAAAUACUAAUAGUAAAGGGGCAAGCACUCCUUCUCCGAAAGUUACCAAUGACGUUGGUAACUUAAGUAAAGUAUGUAAUGCAGUUUUCCGAUCUUGGGAAUGGACUUCGAAUGGGAAUUGUUGUUCUAAGGGCACUAGAAUUAUUAUUGGAUGGAACCCGGCCAUUUUUGAUGUUAUGGUCUUGGCGCAAUCUAAUCAGGUUAUGCAUUUACAGCUCGUGUUCAAAUUGGAUAAAAGAAUGAUGUUUUGUUCAAUCGUGUAUGCUGAAAAUUAUUACAUGGCCCGGAGAGAUGUUUGGAAUAAUCUUUCUAUACACAAAGUGCUUGUUGCGGGCAAACCAUGGUGCAUUAUGGGAGAUUUUAAUACGGCUCUCAACAUAGAGGAUAACUCUAUGGGAUCGUCAUCGAUUUCCACUGGUAUGCGUGACUUUCAAGAGUGUGUAGAUAAUAUUGAAGUCGUUGACAUCAACCGUAUGGGGAUUCAUUUUACUUGGAGUCAAAAGCCAAAAAAUGGGGUAGGGUUGCUAAAGAAGCUAGAUCGAGUAAUGGGAAAUAUGAAUUUUAUUGCUGAAUUUCCGAAAUCCGUGGCUAUUUUUAAACCGUAUAGACUCUCGGACCAUUGUCCUUGUAUUCUAUUGUUCCCGAAUGCUACUAGACUGAAACCGAGGUCGUUCAAGUUUGCGAAUUUUCUGGUUUUUAAACCGGAGUUCCAGGAGAUUGUUAAUAACAACUGGACUUCUAAUGUCAAUGGUGUUCACCAGUUCAAAGUGGUUAAAAAGCUUCGUUUACUUAAGCAUCCGCUGCGUUCUCUCUUAUUUAAGCAAGCCGAGAAUGUUAUUAGCCGUGAUCUUCAAGAAGCGUUACUUGACGAAGAGCGAUUUCUGAAACAAAAAUCUAAAGUAGAUUGGUUAAGUGCGGGAGAUAUGAAUUCUGUGUUUUUUCACUCUUCUCUGAAAAUGAAAAAUCAUUGUAGUCGUAUUGAAGUAAUUAAAGAUUCGGAUGGGAACCUUUAUGAGGGUGAUACGGUGUUCCACCCGUUUGUUAAGCAUUAUGAAAGAUUUUUUGGGUCGCAAGGUGAUACGUCCCUUACUCCGGCUCCGGAUUUAUUUUCUAAAAGGCUCUCUCCUCAGGUAGCUCAACAUAUGAUCCGCCAAGUCUCGCCAGAAGAAGUUAAGAGGGCGAUGUUCGGUAUCGGUAUUGAUAAAGCCCCGGGCCCUGAUGGUUACACUGCGGCGUUUUUUAAAUGUGCAUGGCCGAUUGUGGGGAAUGAUGUUACUUGUGCUAUCAUUGAUUUUUUUGAGACAGGGAAACUUCUUCGUGAAUUGAAUCAUACGAAUAUCGUGCUUAUUCCGAAAACUCCUACCCCUUCGACGGUCAGUGACUAUCGUCCGAUUGCUUGUUGUAAUGUGCUAUACAAAUGUAUCAGUAAAAUCGUUGCGGAUAGGAUUAAGGGGGCGUUGAACGAUAUUGUUAGUAUAAAUCAAUCGGCUUUUGUUCCAGGGAGGAGAAUUUCGGAUAACAUUCUGUUGACGUAA